UGACGCAGUUCAGUGUCGAGGGUAGAGGGGAGAGGGGCUGAAACCUUUAUAUAGACAGCGUCAAUACCGAACAAGCCAGUUUAACUCAAGAAGUAAGCAAAUAAAGUUACAAUCAGAGUUUACAGUUGUCCGGCUUCAGCCCUAACAAUGGAUACAUUAAACAUAAAACCGUUAAGUCAGGAUCUCGAGUGGUCUCAGGAAGCGCCAGUUGGCGUCGAGGCCGCUCGGGACGUGGGCUCGGCUUGUGUUCCUAAUGACAUUGCGUCUUCAUCCAGCGAGGAGAGGGCUAUACGCCGCGUGACGGGCCGCUGGGGUGCCGAGUGGUUGAGCUGACUCGGCUCGGGCAAAUAUCUCCCAGGGCCCCAGUGGCCACCGGAACACCCCCUACCGCCGCCGCGUUGGGGGUCCCAGCGCCCAGCUUUGCACCUCUCCCUCCAGAAUUACGAGGACCUGGUCGCCAAAGCCGAGGCGCUAUUGAGCCGACUCGUAGUAGCCGAAAACUACGACUCCGUUAACAACUUCAUCAGUCUCUACGAUGCAUAUAUGUCAGCCCCUGAUGAUACCCUCGCAGAAUUCUUCCCUAAAUACAACCCACCGAUCCGUCCCAGGAAGCACACUUGUGUAGGUCUGGGAAUGGAGGUCAUAAAGCGUUUGAAAGUUCUUGAGAAGGAUUUCCCCGGGAUCUCGAAAUCUAUGAUGCUAGUGUCGUGUGACGAGAACAUCCAAGACCUCGUGGAUUACACCACAUCCAGCCCUGGACCUCAAGGAUUCCUUAUAGAAACUGAGAAGGAUCACGUGAUGGUGGCCAUUCAUGUAAGAAUCGGGGGUAGAGCUGGUGUCUUCCUGUCUGACCUGGGUUACCACAUCUCCCGUGUAGUGACAGUCAUGGCUGAUAGAUGCUACCCACACACAGGUUGGUUCACUCAAUCAGACGAACCACACUGCCGCAAGGAGUACAACUAUCAGAUAAACACACUCAACUCACACUACAUAGAGUGGCAUGAGCGGGAGACUAGAGGAGAGAGUGUCAAAGAAAGGCUCUCCCUCAUAUACACGGGGAAGGCAUACCUGAGUGCUGUAGCUGUCACCGAGAAGAGAAAUCUGGUGUGGGAUUUGAGGAGUCUCUUGGCUCGUAACCCUAAAGGUCACCUCACUGCCGGCAUCUACUUCCCUUUGAAGCGUAAGGAGCAGCAAUUCACCAUGUUCUUUGAUGGUCACAGCGGCAAACAAAGGAAGAAACUCACCUUUGAUACAUUCUUAGAACGACAGAAGAUCCCUGAUGAAGUAGUGGAUGAAGUGGAGCAAUGUAACGAUCAGCUGAGGUUGAAGGACGGGGAACUGCUGUGUAUCCUGAAACGACUAGCGACCAUCAUGGCUGACGAGGAGUACAUGACAGAACUGUUGGACAUCAACAACAAGAUUACAGAACUAUCAGCUGGGAACUAAACAUCACACAGACCUGCAACAGAACAACAGCAUUAGACGGAGUCAUUAGAUAUUGUAGCUUAGAAUCACAGAAUCGGCUCAAUUGGGAAAUAAAAUUUAAAAAAAUAUA